CCCCCCCCCCCCCCCUGCUUUUAUUAAACCAGUUUUGGUUUUAAUAGCUUUAGAUUUGUAAACUCUUCCCAAGUGCCUUUAAUUAUGGAAACACUUGUAUAAAAUGUAAAGCAAAACUUUUACUUUAUAUGUAAAUAAAACAUUUUCCCUUCCUGUCAGAUGGUGGAAAUUUCUGUAAUAUAUUUAUUGUGGGUUUUGUAGACUCUACUGUGAUGUAUUAUGUAGGUGUUAUAAUGUAAUCAUUUAAGGAAUUAAUUCAGCAGCAGAACUUAUUUCAUUAAUGACAUGAGUUCUCAUGACUGACUAACUAUAUGGGGAUGUAACAGUCAUACCUCUUAGUUAACUCAGUUGCACAUGUAGUAUUUAAAAAAACAUCACUCAAAGUAGCCAAUAAAGUAGGACAUGUCUUAUACCACAUACAAGUCUAUUAGACUGAGCGGUCAGUUGUGUUGCUAACUAUGCACCUCUAACUACAUCUGUACUAUAAAAUAUAGAGUACAGUUCCAUCUUCCUGUUACUGUAGUACUACAAAUUCUCCCAGGAUCAAUAAAGUUCUGUCUUAAGAAAAUUGUCCACUGACUGUAUAAAAGCAUGAAUAAAUGUAGGUAAAGGGCUGGGUUUUUUGUUUGUUUGUUUGUUUUUUAAAUAAAACUGCUACAUGUAUAAUUCAAUCUAAGACUGACAUUAGUCUUGAGGCUGGGAUUUAAAUGAUCACUUGAGAUGGAACUGUUUUCAAAAGACGUCAGCUUUCUUUCAUGAAUCCACUAUCCGUGUUUGUCCAAGUGUCUAUUGCCUUGCGUGGUUUCUCUGAUGGACAGAUGUCUUAAGUCAAAUAUGGUCCAGUAGGAACGUCCGUUUUCCUAUUACACACACACACUGGCUUUGGGACGUUCUAAGACUGAACUGUCUAGGCUCUUGAGGAAGUUAAAUAGAGAUGCGUUGUCUCCAUGGCGCGAUUUGUUGUAUGCUGGUUUGUUGUGAGGCAUUUCUUUGAGUAUGUCUGCGCAACAGGUGACUUCUGCAAACGGAACCGAAGCUUAUGAGUCAAACGGGGUAUGUUCUUGCGCGUACUCUUUGUAUAUUUACUGAGUAGGCCUCUUGUUUUCAGUCAUUCAUGUCUGUAACCAAAUGAGUUCAGUUUUCCCUCUGAUAGGCCUUACAUACCCGCAUUUCGCUUUAAAAUAUCCAUGUGCUCUUGUAGAGCAGUAUAAAGAUUGUAUAGUGCUAAUCCGUUAUAAAGUCCUCCCUAGAGCUCACGCACCGAUUUAGCCUGUCGAUGACAUCCGACAUAGUCCGCGCGUGCCGGCGUCGGUAGCGCUCGCGCAGCGCGAACCCUUGCGCGAACGAACUGGACAUGAGAACUUGGAUAAACUCAGUUUAGUCCCACCCCGGAAAGGCUUCGGAAUAAACCGCUGAGCGAAUCCGCAUCUCACCAUCUUAUUUCAAAACUCGGCCAGCCUUAAGGGUAGCAGGCCAAGUGUAUUAGACUGAUACAAUGGCACCCAGACGCCCGUCCUAUUUCUGCCGAAGAAGUUGGAGGAGAGCGUGCUGUCCGAAGAGAAGAGGCUGACGGUACGAGGCCCCUCCCCUGAUGCCACACCCACCUGCAUACCUGCCCGAGUCAGAGAGAUUGUCACCAAGAACCUGAACAACAACGCCAGUGGCAGCAUGUCUUCAGUCCUGUCCCUCCAAGAGGAGAACCGGGUCUUGCAGAGUGAGCUGGGUCGUCUGGAGGACCUGCUGGCUCACAGUCGUGCGGACCGUGACGAGCUGGCUAUCAAAUACAGCGCCAUCAGUGAGAGGCUGGAGCAGACCCUGCGGUUGGAGACGGGCAUUGCAGACGGAGACCCAUCGGAGUGUCGCAGUCUGGCUCAGCAGAACGUGGAGCUGCGCAGACGUCUGGAGGAGGAGCAGGCUGCCUACAAACGCAAACUCACCGCUUACCAGGAGGGGCAGCAGAGGCAGGCUCAGCUGGUCCAGAAACUGCAGGCCAAGGUUCUUCAGUAUAAGAAGAAAUGCAGUGAUUUGGAGCAGUCUCUGAUGGAGAAAUCAGCUGAGCUGGAGCAGAGUGGACGAGCUGAGCUGCCCAGUGACCAUGCCCAGCGGGAGGAGGACGAGCCCAGUGGAGAACUGGAGGUGGCUCUCAUUCAUCUGGAGGAGGAGCAGCAGAGAAGCAGCAGUCUGUCUGCUGUGAAUGCUAUGCUACGGGAGCAGCUGGAGCAGGCAGGUAUAGCCAAUGAGGCGCUGAGCCAGGACAUACGCAGGCUCACUGCUGAUUGGACAAAAGCAAGGGAGGAGCUUGAGCAAAGGGAGUCUGAUUGGAGGAGAGAGGAAGAGUCCUUCCAUCAGUACUUCAGCAGUGAACACAGUCGACUGCUCACUCUCUGGAAGCAGGUGGUCGGCUUCCGCAGGAAUGUCUUUGAACUCAAGAGCACCACCGAGAGGGACCUGUCACAUAUGCGUAAUGAGCUGGCUCAAGCAGCACAGGGCGUGCAGCUGCAGUGUGUUGGCAUGUGUGCGGCGGUUCGGAGUCAAGAGGAUGGGUCGGCGCUGGUCCAGGAGCGCGAGGCGACCCGGCGGGCCGUUUUGGAGCAGCAGCUGAGAGAGCGAGCGACGGAGAUGAUGACCUUGCAGGCCAAGAGUGACUCCGAGAGAGCAGAGCUCAACAGCAGGCUGACAGAAGCUGUGCGGGAAGUGGAGAGACUGAAAGCUCGAGCAGAAGAGAGAGACCAGGAGGUGGUAUCCCUCACCCGGAGACUGGAGGAGCAGAAUGGGAAUGAGGACUCAUGGCUUCACACACUCAGAGCUCACACAGAGAAUCUGCUGGACACACUGAGGGACAUCGCCCAGGUGAUGCUGUCAGACUCUGACUGUGCUGUUUUGACGUCUCCGUCAGAGGGAGAUUCAGAGACCAUAGCCGUGUCUCUGUUGCCUUUGCUCCGCCCCACGUCUCCCCAGCGUCAGUCAUCUCCGCGGCGACCCUACACAACACCAAUCCCAGAGUCCAGUCUUUCUGUUUUGCGCUCCAUGGUGAGCAGCAGACACAUGCAGCUUCAGGAGGUCAGAGGUCGCCUGCAGUCAACGCAGUCAUCCCUGCAGCAGCUGCGCAGGCAGCUUGCGGAGGCAGAGUUAGGCAGGAGGGAGGCAGAACUUCGCGUGCAGGCAGUGCAAGGGGAAAUGGCUGAGGCUCAGAGAGAGAGAGAGACAGCUUUGAGAGAGAGAGACCGGUUCCGGCAGGAGAGAGACAAGCUCACCAGUGAAAAAGAGGAUGUGGAGAAGGCUGUCCAGGCUGCACAUACAAAGGUGCAGCUGCUGCAGCUGGACUGUGAGAGGUUGCAGCAGACGGUGCUGUCGUCGCAGAGAGAACGAGACCGCGAGCACGAGGAGAGGGAGGUGACCGCACAGGAGAGAGACCAUGCCAAAGCAGAGAACGAGAGAGUUCGGAACCAGCUGGAGCAGAGUGAGACUCGUGGUAGUGCUCUGCGCUCUGAACUGGCUGCAGUGAAGGAGGCUCUCCAACAGGGGGAGACAGAGAGGCAGCUCCUAGAGACGGAGAAGAGCCAGCUCACUGAAGCUCUCCAUAGGGCUAAGUCCAGCAACGCUGAUUUGUCUGUGUUAAUAGCGAAGCUGCACUCUGAGGAGGCCACACUCAGAGACACUCUGGCUAAACUGGGCGGGCUGAAUGAAGGUCUGGCUCAGGACAAAUCUGACUUUAACACCAUCAUCAUACAGCUGGAGGAGGAGAAGAGUCUCCUGUUGUCUCAGAGGAGAGAGGCAGAGCAGGAGAAACUGACCAUCAGGGACGAGCUCGUACGCUUGGAGCAAGACAGGCUGGAGCUAGACGCUGCCCGCCUUGCUCUGCACCAAGCACUGCAAGAGUCUGAGUUAGCGAGGGCGGGGAUGGAGACGGAGCUACAGAUGCUCAGGUCUGACAGGCUGAAACUGCAGGAUAAAGUCACACAACUUUGUGGCGAGAUGAGUUCCUUGGGGGCGGAGCUUGGUAUCGCCCGUGGUGAAGGGGAGCGGCAGGGCGUGGCCCUAGAGGAGGCAGGGCGAAGCCGGGCGGAGCUAGCUCGUGAGCGGGCGGGGCUAGUGGUUCAGCUAGCGGCAUCUGAGAAAGAGAAUGCCGCGCUGACAGAGGAGCAGGCUGCAUUCAGGUCGGAGCGGGAAGCACUGGAGACAAGCCUGUUCGAGGUGCAGCAGCAGCUGGUGCAACUGGAGUCCCGCAGGGAACAGCUGGAGACGGAGAACCACAACCUGAAACUACGCAAUGAUAAUAUUACAGCGGAACUGAAGCGCCUGCGUGUGGAUCGAGAGAGCUCCAUCACUCAGAGUGAGAAAGAGCGGCAGGCAUUUCAGCGGGCGCUGGCCGACGCCCAGCAGGAAUCACAGAUCUCUCUCCGCAACACCCUCUCUGACCACCAGGAGGAGCUAGAGAGGCUAGCCAGAGAGAAGGACACGCUGCAGCGAAGUCUGGAGGCUGAGCAGGAGGCGGCGCUGAGACGUCUGCGGGAGGAACUGGACGAGCAGCUGCGUAGGCUGGAGAGAGAGAGGGCGGAGCUCCAGGAGGAAGUGCACGUGUUGCAGCACGAUCGGGAUCAGCGCCUCCUGCAGGCCGAGGCAGAGAAACAGCAGGCUUUGUCUCAGAAGGAGACAGAAAGGGCGAUGUUGUCAGAGAGAGUGUGCACCCUACAGGCUGAGCUGAGUACUGCAAUGCUUGAGGUGGAAAGACUCACCAGAGAGGCCCAACAGCUGAAGGACCAAGAGAGGGCGGCGGUGGGCGCUUUGAACAGAGAGCUGCAGGAGCUACACGUGCAGCUGGAGGAGACGCUGACCUCACAUGGACGGGAACUACGCAGACUCCAGGAGAGCUGCACGGACCAGCAGAUCCAUGCGGACACCGCUCUCCGGGAGCUAGAGGAAUGUCGAGCUCUCCUCGCAGCCAGUGAGGAAAGUCGAGACAGCACAAGGCGGGAGCUUCUGGAGACGGACAAGCGACUGUGCCAAGCACGGGACAAAGGGGAGGGGCAUCGGCGAGAGGUGGUGGAACUACAGCGCUCCCUCGGUGAUCUCACCAAAGAAAAAGAUGCUCUCAGCCAAUCAAACAGCCAGCUAAGGGAGGCACUGAGGGCCGCAGAGAGUGAACGAAUCAGUGUGAAGCGUCAGUGUGAGGAGAAGGAGCAGAGGCUGGCAGUGCUGGACGAGACGCUGGCGUCUGCACAGAAGGAGGCGGGGGAACUGCGCACCUGUCUGCGGGAGGUGGAGCGAUCCCGGCUGGAGGCCAGGAGAGAACUGCAGGAACUGCGCCGACAGCUGAAGGUGGUAGAUGGGGAGCGAGAGCAGAAGGCGAGGGAGGUGACCGAACUCCAGGGCCGUCUCUCCCUGGAGGAGCAGAGGGAGGAGGACCGAGGGAAGGAGUUCUUCUCCCUCAAACAGAGACUCAACGAGGCCGAGAUGGCCAGGAACUCCCUCAGAAAGGAGCUCUCCUCCCUACAGAGGCGCCUGAGCGAGAGCGAGUGCGCGUGGCGCGGCUCGGAGCGCGAGCUGGCCGCCCAGCUGCAGGAGGCGCGGAGCUGCGAGAGGAAGCUCCAGGACGAGGCACGGAACCUGACCCUGCGCACGCAGGCGGCCGCUGACGCCUCCGCCCAGGUGCAGCUGCAGCUGAGCGAGGCCCACGGCCGGCUGGCCGCCACGGAGGCAGAGCUGGUCCGCUCGGAGGCGGGACGAAGGGACCUAGAGUUCCGGCUGAGCAGCCUGCAGUCCGCCCUCUCGAGAACACUUGGCAUCUGCGCCGGGGGGCGGGCCAGCCGCGGACGCAGCCCCACAGGCUCCUCCCCCUCCUCGCUUAUCUCUGGGAUGGUCUCUCGGCGCAGGAGUGUGUCACCGAUGUGCUGCUCACUGUCGCCCUCUAAAGACAUGGUGGAUAAGGCCAGCCCUGAUAACGCCAGUGUGUCUCGCCCGUUGUCUCCGGAGAGGGGAGACGUGCCUAUUCCUCUCGUCCUGCCCGAGCUUGACCCGGAAACACUCCGUAGUGGCCUCCGAGACUUCCUGCAGGAGCUCAGAGAGGCCCAAAGAGACAGGGAAGAGGCUCGUGGCCAGUUGGGGGCGUUGCAGAGAGAACUAGAAGAAGUGACAGCAGAGAGAGAAUCUGCCCAGAACCGCCUCAGUCAACUUCAGAACACACUGCAGGAGUGUCAAGAAGGUAAGCGCAGUGCAGAGGGCAUGCUGAGCUCGACGCAAGCUUUACUACAGCAGCAGGAGGAGUUGGUGAGGAGAGGGGACAGAGAGAGGAGAACCAUUAGUGACCGUCUCAGAGACCUGCACAGAACCUUACAGAGCACAGAGACGGAACGCAAACACCUGCAGGAGCAGUGCAGUAAGCUCAAGGCAGGUGAGGUUCGCUUAGAAGCGGAGCGUCGGAGACUGAGGGAGGCUCUUGAGGGGGCAGAGUCACGAGCUGCACGGGUGGAGCUUGGGAGGCGGAGCCUGGAUGGAGAGAUUCAGCGCCUCCGGGCAUGUAUAGCUGAGAGAGAAGCAGAGGCACAGGGGGCACAAGACCGACAUGACGGCAUGCUCAAACAGGCUGUAGAGGCCGAGGCCAGGGCAGCGUCUCUCCAAAGAGAAGUGGACCGACUCGCCUCACUGCUCAGGAAGGCACAGGAAGCAGAGGCUGCUCAGAGGGACAGAGUGCAAGCGCUCUCACAGAGCCUGCAAGAAGCCACUGCGGCCCACAGUGCUACCCAAGGGCGGCUGGCCACACUGCAGAAAAGCCUGACUAUGGCAGAACAGGAGCGCAGGCAGCUCCAGGAGCGCAUGGAGGAGAUGCGGGCGUCUCAGACUGAGGGAAAGAUGAACAUGGCGGUUCUUACUGAGCGUGUGCAGACUCUGCAGACAGAGCGAACCCAACACCAACAGCAGUGUGCAGAACUGCAGACGGAGCUCUCCACCAUGCAGGAGGCGUUGCGCCAGCGUUCAGCCUCCCUGGUGGAGGCCCAGCGGGGUCUGCAGACGAUGCAGGCGGAGCGGGCGAGUGCAGAGGAGCGUCUGAGAGCGCUGCAGAGAGCCGUCGCCCUGCUGGAGACAGAGAAGAGGGAUUCAGAGAGGCAGGCCGUACGGCUCGAGAAAGACAAGAACGCCCUCAGGAAUACACUGGACAAGGUGGAGCGGCAGAAGCUACAGCUGGAGGAGAGCACCAUGCGUCUGUCUGCAGAGAAGGGGCGACUAGACCUGUCUCUCAGCACAGCCGAACAAGAACUGCAGGACGCGCAAAGACAGGCGGCCCUGCUGCAGGCCCAACUUGUGGAGAUGGAAGCAACUCAGAGUGCGAGUGAGCAGUCCGCCCGUCAGCGGGCCGAUACCCAGCGGGAGGUGGAGCGACUGAAAGCCAGUCAGAGAGAGGUGGAGCAGACACUGGCAGCUCGGGAGAGAGCUCACCGGCAGAGAGUGAAGGGCCUAGAGGAACAGGUGACUACCCUGAAGGAGCAGCUGCAGCAGGAGUUACGACGUUCGCAGCCACCUCUGCCUCCGCUGCCCCUGGGAAACUGACAACACACAGUGCUGUACCCAAAUCAGCCUGUACCUCCUGGAGAAACACACUAACAUUCUCACAUUGGAACUGAAGUGCAGCCUCCCCUUGAGGCAUUAGAUCAGUGCUCCCAUUCGGAACACAGAAUGUGCUCAUUUCAGGCUAAAGCAGGCUAAAUCAGGGGAUGAUUUGUGCUAGCCUUAGAUUAGUAGCCAAAGGAAGCGUUCCGCUCAGGCCAAGGCGAGGCAGGGACACUGGCCUGUUGAGAAAGCAUACCUCUGUAGUAUGUAAUCCCAUGCUGUGAAGGCAGCUGUUCCAUCAAAAAAGCCAUGGACAUGCGCACACUGUGUGUGUGUGUGUGUUUUGUCUAGGGGAGAGAGCAUGAAGAAAUUAAUGCUAAACGUAAAGUGACACUAAAAACAGGUUUGGUGUCAGAUUCCUUAAUUAGUUUAGAUAGUAAUGUAAAUGUAAUUUCUUAGUCUUCAUAAAAAUGCCUUGGUGAAUGUCAUAUAUUGGCUAAAGCUGAAGUGAAUUUGAAUGCAAUUGAUACCAAAAGCUGUAUUGACUUUUGCAUUUUUAGAAAAGGGGAAUUAUUUUUAAAAAUGAGAGACCACUAGAAUGGCAGCAUUUAUCUGUACAGUGACUUUGUCAUUAAUUCUGUUACAUGCUGUGUGUAUCCUAUUCUAAUGAUAUCACUCUGAAAAUGGCUUGAUGGGAUUUAAGUCCCUGCCACACUGUCAAAACAAACCCAACAUUUCCCAACAUUCCAAACACAAGGAAACACCAGUGUUGGUGGUUGGCUUUAGAAUAUUCCAGAAAAAGCCAAAUGAGGCACUGUGAAUGGGCCUUACUAGAGGUCACACACAGAUAUCUGUACGGUUACUGUGGAAGGGGCUUUGAUAUCUCUGUGAAACACAUUAUCUAUUCCUACUGUCUGUCAUGCACAGUGUGUACUUGAAUUUGUAUUUUAGCUGAUUGCCCUUCAUUGGCAAGUGUUUUUUUUUUUUCUAGGCAAAGAUUAAACAUUGUCCUAGAUUUUUAAAAUUUAAGAACAAAACCCAUUUGUGGAUUUUAAUUCAGACUAGGACUGUUUGAUCUGGAAAACUGUCCUUAUAGAUUUGACUUUCAAUACACAAGAUGAUAAAAAAUACUUCCACUCUGUUUGCAGCUGUUUGUAUUCAAUGAACUUUCCCUCUUUCACCUUUUUUCCCCUCACUGAUGCUACAAAUCACAUUAAUUCUUGUUUUUUAUGGUAUAAAAAGAUAUUUCAUUGUUUAUGGCAAGUGAGAUUUUUCUCAUUACAUUUCUGAACCAUUAA